AUGAUAUUUCAUGAGAUUUCUUUGAAAAGAUACAGAGUUCUUGUAAAUUAUUGUCGGGUCCAAUUUAUUGUCAAAGGGGAUCCUUUUUUUUCUUUCUCUUUUUUUCUUAUAUUUACUCUUUUCUUUCUCUUUUUCCUUAUAUCCACUCUUUUUCUUUUUUUUCUCUUUCUCUUUUUCUCUUUCUCUUUUUUCUCUUUUUCCUUUUCCUUUUUCUUUUUCCUUUUUUCUUUUUUUUUUUUUUUUUACUUUUUUUUUUUUUUUUUCUUUUUUUUUUUCCUUUUUUUUUUUCUUUUUCCUUUUUCCUUUUUCCUUUUUUUUUUCCUUUUCCUUUUUCUUUCCUUUUCUUUUUCCUUUUUUUUUCCUUUUUCUUUUUUUUUUUUCCUUUUUUUUUUUUCCUUUUUUCUUUUUUUUUUUUUUUUUUUCUUUUUUUUUUUUUUUUUUUUUUUUUCCUUUUUUUUUUUUCUUUUUUUUUUUCUUUUUUCUUUUUCUAGACCUUUCUUUUUUUUUCAUUUUUCUUUCAUGGUUUUCUUUUUUUUUUGUUUUUUUCUGUUUCUUUUUUUUUUUUUUUUCUUUUUUUUUUUCUUUUUUUUUUUUUUUUUCCUUUUUUUCUUUUUCUUUUUUCUUUUUUUUUUUUUCUCUUUCUUCUCUCUUUUUUUAAUUUCUCUUUCAUCUUUCUCUUUUUUCCUUUCUUUUAGAAAUUUUUCUCUUUUCCUUUCUUUUUCUUCUUUUCUCUUUUUCCUUUUUUUUUCUCCUUUUCUGUUUUUUCCUUUCUUUUUUUCUCCUUUUCUUUUUUCUUUUCCCAAAAUUUUUUCUUUUUUCUUUUUUUUUUCUCUUUUUUUCUUUUUUCUUUUCUUUUCUUCCUUUUCAUUUUUCUUUUUCUUUUCUCCUUUUUCCUUUCUUUUUUCCUUUUCCUUUUUUUUUCUCCUUUUUCCUUUCUUUUCUCCUUUUCCUUUCUUUUUUCUUUUUUCCUUUCUUUUUCUCCUUUUCCUUUCUUUUUCCUUUUUUUUCCUUUUUUUUUCCUUUUUUUCCUUUUCUUUUCUCCUUUUUUCCUUUCUUUUCUUUUUUUCCUUUUUUUUCUUCUUUUUUCCUUUUUUUUCUUCUUUUUCCUUUCUUUUCUCCUUUUCCUUUUUUUCUCCUUUUUCCUUUCUUUUUCUUUUUUCCUUUCUUUUUUUUCUCUUCUUUUUCAUUUUUUUCUUCUUUUUCUCUCAUUUUUCUCUUCUCUCUUUCUUGCUCUUCUCUUCUCUCUUUCUCUUCUCUCCUCUUCUUUUCUCUCUUUCUCUCCUCUUCUCCCUUUCAUUCCUUUUUCUUUUUCGCGUUUCCUUUUUUUCUGUGUCUUUAUUUACCUUGUUCCCUUCCUUCUCUUUCUGUCCCACCUCCUCCUCAUCUUUUCUCUCUCUCUCUCUGUCCUUCCUCUUCUCUCUCUCUCUCUGUCCUUCCUCUUCUCUCUCUCUCUCUGUCCUUCCUCUUCUCUCUCUGUCCUUCCUCUUCUCUCUCUGUCCUUCUCUCUCUCUUCCUCUUUCUCUCUGUCCUUCCUCUUCUCUCUGUCCUUCCUCUCUCUCUCUGUCCUUCCCUUCUCUCUCCUUCCUCCUCUUCUCUCUCUGUCCUUCCUCUUCUCUCUCUGUCCUUCCUCUUCUCUCUCUGUCCUUCCUCUUCUCUCUCUGUCCUUUCUUCUCUCUUAUUUCUCUCUCUCUGUCCUUCCCUUCAUCCUCUGUCCUUCCUCUUCUCUCUGUCUCUUCCUUCCUCUUUCUUUCUCUUUCAUUCAAUCCAUAUCCUCUUCUUUCAGUGCAUCCUGUCUGUUCCUCUUUUUUCUUUCAUUCAAUCCAUAUCCUCUUCCAGUGCAUUUCUUCUUUUUCUCCUUCUGUGCUCUUCCCCUCUUCUCCUUCUGUGCUCCUCUCCUCCUCCCUCUGCACUUCUCAGCUCCUCUCUCUGCACACAUCUCUCUCUCGCUAG